UGUUCUCGUGUCCGUUGCGUGCGCGCGUCGGGGGCCUUGACUGCGCACGCACAAGUGACAUGCCGGCGGUCGGACAUGAAUUCUGGGCCGAGAAUUCGCAAAGGUGCAUGAGAGAUAAACCACCUUUAACGACGAGGCAGUGAGAAUAGAGGGCGCAAUGGACCCCGCACGUUUUCUCCAAGCACAGCCUUGGCUCUCUUUACUUUCAAGAAUCUCAGCCGACAGCUUAGGAGGAGAAACUCAGGGGGAGCAGGCUGGCACAGCGGACAAGCAGUAUGCGGGAAGACAAAGGCGAUGCCGCUAUGAAUGUGAGGCCCUUUUCACAGGGUGGGCCAGUCUAGCCCUUGUCGACGUGAAAGGUGCAAGUUCCUGCUUCUGCUUGACCUCGUGGUAUUUAGAAUCCGCGUCUGACGCACGUCCGGUACUUUUGAAGAUGAUGACACUGGGGCGCCCAUCCUGCUGCAUUUUGCACCAACAGAGGACGGAACUGGCAAGGGAGCCCUCGAAUCUAGUUAUGUAUGGCACGCUGCGUGUUUGUUGAUCCCUCAACUGCUGGAUGCCCAGGCUCACUCAUCAAAGGCUAGUAGCCUUUCCGUCUGCUCACAGGAUAUCUUAACUCCA